UCAAAAUAUGUUGACGGUACAAAUUCAAUCUAAAAAAUGAAGAACAAAAACAUAUGUAGAAGGCCGAGAAGAUCAUCCUUAUCAUUAUUUGUUUAUUAAAGAUGUGAUGUUUCAAUGUGAGUAGCCAAACCCAAAAAGAAUUCCACAACGUUAAAAUGAUGGCGCUAUAUAAAAAUAUGAUGAUGAGGUAAUGAGCGUUAUAAUCGACAAAACCUCUCCAAACAAAGUCUGACAUUUCCAUGACACAGAUUUGGCUUCAAAUGCCCGCCUGCCUUGGAAAACCAAUCCGUAUUACAUUGGGACAACUCAAAGUAUCUGUAAAAAAGAUGGAGAUAACUAAUGUUUCUGAAUAUGAGGCCAUUGCAAAGGAGAAAUUACCCAAGAUGGUUUAUGACUACUAUGCAUCAGGUGCAGAGGACCAGUGGACUCUUAAGGAGAAUCGAAAUGCAUUUUCUAGGAUUUUGUUUCGACCCCGUAUUCUUAUUGAUGUUAGCAAGAUUGACAUGACCACAACUGUCUUGGGGUUCAAGAUUUCAAUGCCUAUAAUGAUUGCUCCAAGUGCUAUGCAGAAAAUGGCUCACCCUGAAGGAGAAAACGCAACAGCUAGAGCAGCUUCAGCUGCAGGAACAAUUAUGAUACUAUCCUCGUGGGCUACUUCCAGUGUUGAGGAGGUUGCUUCAACAGGACCUGGCAUUCGCUUUUUCCAACUCUAUGUACACAAAGACAGGAAUGUGGUUGCACAGCUUGUGAGAAGAGCCGAAAGGGCUGGUUUCAAGGCAAUUGCCCUUACAGUGGAUACUCCAAGGCUUGGCCGCAGGGAAGCUGAUAUCAAGAAUAGAUUUACUUUGCCCCCAUUUUUGACUUUGAAGAACUUUGAGGGUUUGGACCUUGGCAAAAUGGAUAAGGUAAGUGAUAUAUGUCUGAUCAAUCUUAAUUUUAAUUAUCGAUUUACUUUACCUGUUUGUUCACCUAAUGAUGGGAUUAUCUUGCAGACCGAUGACUCUGGAUUAGCUUCAUAUGUUGCUGGCCAAGUUGAUCGAUCACUUAGCUGGAAAGAUGUAAAGUGGCUUCAGACAAUCACAUCUUUGCCUAUUCUAGUUAAGGGUGUCCUUACCGCUGAGGAUACAAGGCUAGCUGUACAAGCUGGAGCUGCCGGAAUCAUUGUGUCCAAUCAUGGAGCUCGACAACUUGAUUAUGUACCUGCAACUAUUAUGGCUUUGGAAGAGGUCGUUAAAGCUGCCCAAGGCAGAGUUCCUGUUUUUCUUGAUGGAGGGGUUCGGCGUGGAACAGAUGUCUUCAAAGCGUUGGCUCUGGGAGCAUCCGGAAUAUUUAUUGGAAGGCCAGUAGUAUUUUCAUUGGCUGCUGAAGGCGAAGCCGGUGUCAGGAAAGUGCUUCAGAUGCUACGCGAUGAAUUUGAGCUGACUAUGGCAUUGACUGGUUGCCGCUCACUAAAGGAGAUCACCCGAAACCACAUUGUAACCGAUUGGGACCAUCCUCGGGUUGUUCCCAGGUUGUAAGUUGGUGGUCUCUGUCAAAUUGCCCGUUGCAAAGCAAAAGUUCUAAGAGCCUAUCUUGUCUUUAGAAUAACUUAAUAUUUUGAAGAAUUGAUCUUAUGUAAUGAGUAAUGACAAUAAAGGCAUAUACUGCUCUUUUUUUACCCUGCAUGAUCUGGUGACCAGGGUUCAGCUCACCCUUGCUGAUGAUGAUAUUAGAUUAGUUGGCGGCCGCCUAAUCCUGAUCCAAAUCUUAGAAAAUGGGAUUUGCUUAAAAUUGUUGCCUCAGAGUAAUAUUACUCGGAUGGCCACUCAUCUUAUGAAGCAAAAGAUGGAAAUAAAUGCCACCAUUGUUAAUGAGCUACCAUGUUGCUAAGACCUUGCGUGAAUGUAAAAUGAAAUUACUGAUCCAA